AUCUUCGGCUGUUUAUUUGUAUCGAUACAUCGAUGUAUCCCAUCUCUAUUGUGAUUAAUUGUGAUUGUUCUUUCGCUAAAGGUGUCUCUUUAAAGUUUUUAUGUCAGUGUGCAAUCGCUUAAAAUAUAAGUAUAUAAAGCAAAGUUAAAUUACGUUCAGUUUCAAUGGAAAGUAUCAGCACCACUGGUCGACGGAGGAACAACAUGCGAAUCAAUGCCGAAGAUAAUGCACUGGAUCAAAUUACAAAAGAGGCGGAGGCGCGACUUGCAGCUCGUCGACAAGCGCGUGCUGAAGCCCGGGAGAUUCGAAUGAAAGAGCUCGAGCGACAGCAAAAGGAGCAGGAAAUAACCGCUGACCGCGUAUUUGAUAUGCAAAACGCCACUACAGUGGGCAGCGAAAACCUUUCGACGCAUCCCGUACGCCUCGUCUACGGCGGACUCUUAAACGUAACCCGUGCAUCAGCAUCCCGCCGAAGUAGCGAGGAUUCCGUGGAAGAAGAAGGCAGGAGUUUUCGCGACUUCAAGCACGAGCUUAAGGAUGUUGAGGAGCGGUUUCGGAAGGCCAUGAUAACGAAUGCCCAAUUGGACAACGAUCGGGCCUCGCAGGCUUACGAGGUCAAGUUGCUCAAGGACAAAUGCGAAAUAAUGGAGGAGUCGUAUGCACAAUUGCAGCGCGAGUUCAAGGAGAAGAUGCGUGACUGCAAUGCCCUUAAACGGAAUCUAGAUCGGGCGAAUCUUGAGCUUAAGCUAGUACAAGGACAGUUAAAUGAACGCGAUUCAUUGAUAGCUGAACAGGGCCUUCUUAUAGUGGCAGUUGAAAAUGCCGAUGGCAGCGAUGCCAAAAGAGCUCUAGUGAGUGUCGAAAACGCUAAAGUUUUGGCGUCCGUUCAGGGUUCUUUAGAUGUAAGACUUAAAAAGUUCAGUGACGAAAAACAGCGACUGUUAUCCGAGGUGCAAAAGCUUCACGAACAGCUUGAGGAGUACAAAAGUGAUGGAGGUACUGGUCGUCGCAGUCUUUCCCAAGGUUCCUUCGGCGACGAGAAUGAUUACGAAGCCCAACGGGAAUCAAACAAAAUCAUUUCAGACCAUAAAUAUAAGCUGCAAAAGGCUGAACAGGAAAUCGCCAAUUUACAAUCGAGCUUAGCCCGUUCAGAGACCCAAGUUAUACGAUACAAAAGCACUGCGGAAGCUGCCGAAAAAGCAGAGGCAGAGUUAAAAGUCGAGCGCCGUAAGCUUCAACGCGAGCACCGGGAACUUUUGGAAAAGUUGGAAGAAGCUGAAACGUCAAACAACCAUUUGCUGAAGCGCCUCGAUAAGUUGAAAAAUGCAAAGAGUGCCAUUCUGAAGGACUUAUGAUCUAAGAUGGGAGUUGCCUGAUCGCAUCCGAUGACAUAGAAGACAGUACGACAUCAUGAACAUACAAAUGCUGCAAUUUUAAUAGCACUUCGUUAGCAGUUUAAUCGGACUUAGUGGUAGCAAAACGAUCAUUUUUGAAGGAUAAUCCAAACAAAAUACUCUACCUUAAAAAUAUAUUUAAAUAAAAUCUUAAACUAACGGAUAAUAAUUAACAUAAAUAAUGUCUAUAUGUAUAUUUAAAGCGCAAAAUAUAAGUAACAAUUCAAUUGGUUUAGCAGUGUG